GGGCUCUGUAAAAAGAGGAACCAGGCAGGGGGAGGAGAGAAGAAGAAGGGGGCCCCCAGUCACGAGCCCCAGCAGGGCCGGAAAGGGCUCCCCACCCCCAACAUGCACGGACACAGCUGGGGUGUUCAAAGCCACAGGCCAGAUCCAACCAACACAGGAGGCCACUGCUUUCCUGCCUCAAUUUCCCCUGUGAGUAGCUGUGCACUGGGGCUGGUCCUCAGAGGGCCAGGGUCCUUCCAGUGACUGAGAGGACGGAAGGUGAAGCCCUGAGGGGUCACUGACAGUCCUGCCCACUGGCCGGGGCGGGGCGAGAGGCCGAUCUUGGAGAUCCCCGCCCGCUGGUUUCCUCCGGGGUCAGCCUGGCUCCUUAUCAGUCUGGGCCAGGCGGCCAGGCCCUUAUCUGCGCUGGCCCAGCAUCCUCCAGCCACUGCGCCAGGGGUAAGAGGGAGGAAACCGGCCACUGGGGGGGUGGGGGGGGAGGCGGGGAGAGGGCGGGCCGGCCGGCCCCUGAGCCGCUUACUUUUCCUCGAGGGACCCAGGCUGCCACCACCGAGGCCCCAAGGCCCUUGAGAGCCCAGAAAGAAGUGAAGCCCAGACAGAGUGGCUGGCUGCCUGGGGUAGAGUGGAGAGGCUGGAGGGAGCAGGGCCAGGCAGCCUGGCCUGAAGCUGGAGCCAUAUUCCUGCCCUGACCGACUGAGCCAGGGGAUUCAGCAGGCAGCAGGACCAGCGCUGGGGUGAGCACCCCCCCGGGGUCCAUGUGCCCGCCCCAAGCCCAGGCAGAGGUGGCCCCCACCAUGACUGAGAAGGCUGAGAUGGUGUGUGCCCCCAGCCCAGUGCCUGCGCCACUCCCCAAGCCUGCCUCCCCUGGGCCCCCAAAGGCAGAGGAGGUGGGCCACCAAGGUGUCUCAUCCCCCAGGCUGCCCCCUGGUGUCCCGGUGAUCAGCUUGGGCCACACAAGGCCCCCAGGGGCAGCCAUGGCCACCACAGAGCAGAGUGCCCUUCGGCCCCCAGUGCUGCAAUUCUCCGCCCUGGGAAGUGCCCCAACCCCUCUGGCCCUGCAUUACCAUCCUCACCCCUUCCUCAACAGCCUCUACAUUGGGCCGGCAGGACCUUUUAGCAUCUUCCCUAGCAGCCGGCUGAAGCGGAGACCGAGCCACUGUGAGCUGGAGCUGGCUGAGGGGCAGCAGCCCCAGAAGGUGGCCCGGCGUGUGUUCACCAACAGUCGCGAGCGCUGGCGGCAACAGAACGUGAACGGCGCCUUCAUGGAGCUCAGGAAGCUGCUGCCCACGCACCCUCCCGACCGGAAGCUGAGCAAGAACGAGGUGCUCCGCCUGGCGAUGAAGUACAUCGGCUUCCUGGUGCGGCUGCUGCGAGACCAGGCGGCCGCUCUGGCAGGAGGCCCGGCCCCGCCUGGGCCCCGCAAACGGGGGGCGCACCGAGGCCCGGACGACGGCGCCCGCCGGGGGCCUUGCCACCCGGUCGAGGCGGUGGUGCGCCUGCAGCCCGCAACCCCGGCCUGCCCCAACGGCAGCCCCGUCGGGGCGGCCCGCCCCAUCAAGACGGAACAAGCGGCUGUGAGCCCAGAGGUGCGGUGACCUCCAUUGCCUCUGAGCCAUGAAGGGCAUGGGAACUCAGCCCUGGGCCGUCGAGGAAGGGGCGUACCACGCACCGCGCGCACUGCGCUUAUUUUGGAGCGAGGUCGCCCGUAGAGGGACCUGUGAGGACUUCCCUUGGGGGAAAUGGUCAGGGAUCUGGAAGGGCGGGCGACCAGAGGGUCUGGAAGGAACCCUGCAGACCCUCUUAUCACCCACCGCCCGCGGGAAGCCGCCUCGCCCACCUCCUCCUCCCCCCGCAGGCGAGGUCCAGGAACAUCAACAUGGCAGAGCGGCCGUCGGACCUAAGUGGUGCCUCUUUUUUUUUUUCCGGGUUAGGGGCUCACGGAGAGGUGGGGAGGGGCUGGGAGGCUUCCUCUUCUCGCUGGCGGCGCCCCCUCCUGGAAACUCAGGGAUACAAGCGCCUUGACGCCUCGACGGCGCGCCCGGUGCGGGGACACAGGCGCAGAGCCCACGCGGGGCCCCACCCCACCCCAAACCCGACCAGGACCCGCACGAUCGCGUUAGCGAAGGCUCAGGCGCUCUUGCUUUUGUUUUUCUUUAUUUCUUUAUUUCACAUACACAUUAGCCAUUCAAUGGAGAAGCCGGAGAGAGUCAGGCAAAGAUGGUAUAACAGAAGCGCAGUGACGGGGGCGGGGCGGGGCGGGGCGGAGAGGGGACAGACGGGCUGGCUGCCUACUUGCAUUCCGCUAGGACACUGAAAACCCAGAAAACAAAACAGACAGUAAACUACCCUUGUUUCUUAUGUAUCUCAGUGCAGAGACGGGGGUGGAGGGCAGAGAGGGAGAGACCAGGCUGAAGGGGGAGGAGAGGGGGACAGGGGACGCUAAGGGGAAGCACACCAAAUCCAUUAGUACUAUAUAUAGAGAUACUCGUAUAUACUGCGUUUCUUAGCCUAAGAAGAAACUUGUUUGACGGGACGGGCGGCCUUUGCGGUCCGCAAUGCUGGUGCUGGUCGGGCGCACGGAUCUCCCGGGAGGGGCCGAAGCGGGGCUGGCCCAGGCUGGCUGGCGGGGGGAGGGGGGCGCCCCAAGGGUGGGUGGGGGGAGCAGAGGUGGGGCUAGGGUGCCCCUCGGGCUCUCGAUUGGGGGGCGAAAGUUCUCGUGAUUUUUUAUUGCUCCUUUUAUUUUUCUCGCGUGUGUGUGUGUGUGUGUGUGUCGGGUGGGUGGGUGGGGGGUCCGUUCAGCACGGUCGGGGUGGGGAAGUGGUGCGUCGUCUGAGCCACCCGGCCCCUCUGGGACCCAGAGCGCGGCGUCCGCUCCGCCAGCACGGGGUGAGAACAAGGCACUAGGUCGGCCGGCCAGCGCGGGGGCGGGUGCGUAAGGCAGUUGACAGGGCUGGUUGGGGGUGGGGAGGGGGCUGUGUGCGGGGCCGUGUGCGUGCGUGCGUGCGUGCGCAGGCCUGGGCGAAUCGACCUGCCCGCUUGGCUGGUCCUGUCCUGGAGCGUCGAGCCUUUCCCGUGCUCCCCGGAGGGUGGCGGGGUGGGGGUGGGAGGAGUGAUGUUGAGUUGGGGGCGCCGGGGAGGGAACUACCAACUUGCUGAGCGCGCUCCUGAUAAUGCUGGUGAGGGUCAAGUUGGCGUCUGGCUCAAAGAAGGGCGCUCAGGGGGGGAGGGAAGGAGGAAGGGAGGGGACAUUUGUUCGUUGGCAUUGACCUCUGCGGGGUAGGGACUGGGGGCCCCCCGCCGCGCCCCAGGACCGGGAGGGGGGGGUGGGGCGAGGUGGGGGCGCUGGGCCCCUGAGAAGGAGGCGCCCGGAGAGACCCGCGGCCAGAGCAGCCCCGCCGCUGGGCGCACGCCGCUGUCCCGUUCCGUUAAACUCAACAAAGAAGGGAUAUGCGUGUUCCUAACAAGUGCAGGAUAUUUAAUUGAUCAUAAACUUAUGUAUAAUAGUUUGUGGGUCUUUAAAAACGUACUUUAUAAUGUAAGAAGCACCAGGGUUUUAUGUUGAAUUAUCUUAAAAAUAUUUUUCUCUCGUCCUUUUCCUUUGA